AUGGGACAAGUUAGUUGCACGGGGUUGGAACGCACAAGCACUAAAUAUGGCAACAUUAGAAAAGUUGACACAACAGGUGCAUCUGCCGCAACAGCUCCCCAAGAUGGCUUAUCUGGGGGAGUUUCCUCAUCACAUCUGAUGGCACAAAAUGAUAGGAACGCAAUGUUUCAAUAUAAAAGUUUAAUUGAAACAGCAGCCAACGAGUUGUGCAUUGACGCAGCUGUGAUUGCAGAGAUUCUCGUCGAUAUGCUCAAAGGAGUUCGAAAUAAGCACAAAUCCUGGAGCAAACUAUGGGUUUACAAAGGAGGGAUAAGCGCUUACAAUGCAGGAGUAAAAAACGUUCGCACGUAUGCUGGAAUGGAUGUCGGAACUACCGGAAACGACUACGGAAAUGACGUAGUUGCCAGAGCUAAAUGGUACAAGGAUAACGGAUACUAA